CUGCUGCUUUGACUGCGCCGCGCGCCGCGCCUCGCCCCGCGCCCGCAAUACGUCGCCGACCGACGCGGACGCUCGACGUGCCGAGCGCUAGUGCGGUGCCAGUGAAGACGCGGAGUGGAGACGCAGAGAUCGAGCCGCUCGCUCGGACGUGGAUCGCGGCGGCGGGCAUGGCCGCGCCGCGCUGAGGCGGGGCCCGCGCUCGCCCGCCAUGGAGGCCGUGGCGCCGCACAUCAGCUCCGUGCUGCGCACGUACCAGGCCAGCGCGCCGCGCUCGCUGCAGGGCCCGGGCGGGGCGCUGCGCGCGCCGCCGCCGCCGCCGCCGCGCGCCGCGCCGCCCAUCCCGCUGGGCCCGGCCGCCGACGCGCUGGGCGCGCGCGGCGAGACGGCGCUGGAGGGCGAGCCCGUGGCGUGCUUCAGCGUGGGCGGCGAGCGGCGCCUGUGCCUGCCGCAGAUCCUCACCUCGGUGCUGACGGACUUCACGCUGGAGCAGAUCAACCGCGUGUGCGACGUGCUGCAGAUCUACUGCUCGCGCUGCACGCCCGAGCAGCUGCACGAGCUGAAGGCGGAGGGCGUGCUGCCGCGCUCGGCGCCGUCGUGCGGCCUCAUCACGCAGACGGACGCGGAGCGCCUGUGCGCCGCGCUACUGCACGCGCCGCGCGCCGCGCCACGCAAGCUGGCCGGCUUCCGCGUGUACCACGAGUGCUUCGGCGGCGCGCGCGGCGUGUGCGCGGCGGCCGCGGGGCUGGUGCAGUGCGCCGAGUGCCGUGGCGUGUUCGCGCCGCGCCGCUUCGUGGCGCACUCGCACGCCACGGAGCACCGCACGUGCCACUGGGGCUUCGACUCGUCGCGCUGGCGCCGCUUUCUGCUGCUGGCGGACGACGAACCCGAGCCCGACAAGUGCGCCGCGCUGCUCGACGAGCUGGCCGAGCGCGAGGCGCAGGAGCCGCCGCCGCCGCCGCUCCCGGUGCCACUCAAACGGAAACAGGUUGUGGAGACGGUGGUGUGCAAGCCUGAGCCAGCAGAGUCCCCUCCAAAGAAAGCCAGGAGUGAAGACUAUAGCUACGCGAUAUAUCUCGACCCCUAUGCGCAUCUGCGAUACAGAACAGUGCCUGCCUUCAGGCCCUGGGGAAAGAGAGAACCAGAGUUACAGCAUCCAGAAAGAGUUGUCCGCGUGGCAGAUUGCACUAGGUUCGAGCAAGACUUCCAGCCAAAUGUAGCUUUAAAACCACUAACACCCCCUGUAGAUGACGUUACAUCGUCUACGUCCCCUCCGCCCUCGGAUCCAGAACUAACAGCGCGGCUGCUAGACGCAGAAGCCAGGUUGUCGGAAAGAGAACGACAGCUGAACGAAAGAGAAGAGGAACUGGCGCGGCGUGAAGUGAACCUUCAGGAAAGAGAAAGGGAGAUAGAACGACGAGAGCGAGCCUUAGAAGAGAGGAUAGAAACGAAGCAAGAACCGUACUCUUCUCCAGCCGAGGAUCCCGAACGCCCGCCGUGUUGACCAACGCGAGUGAUCGUCAGGUUACGAUUCAAGUGAAAGUGAUGAACGCUAAGACAUUGCGUCUUCAGAGUACAAAAUGGUGAAAGAAUUGAGGUUUAAUGACGUGCCGCCGCGCCGUGUAAAUAUGCCUACAUUUAAAAAACUUUUUCAAAUCUUUGAUAUAUUAUUAUUAUUGUUAAUCUGUGACAGCUGUUGCGAUGCGAUAAGGUUUUAUGAAACUCUAUUGUCUAAGGUUUGAUCAAAUUGAAUUUACAGAUGAUGAUGUUAAAAAAAUGCUGCUGGAUACAGAUACAAAACUUGUACAUAAUCAUUGAAGUACAGUUUAUUGAAUUUAUAAGUUUUUUUACAUAAUUUACAGAUUGACCUUGUAGUCUUUUUUAAUGUGUGCCAUUCUGAAGGUACUGCUGUUACCUUUUUUGUAUAACCUCAUCUCUGCUUUUCAAUAAUAACAUAAUACUCACGUAAUAUAAAUAAAUAAAAUAGUUUUUAAAUCCUACAACCAUAAGCAUAAUUUAUACAGGGUUAUUUUUAAGUUUUAACGUACGAUUAGGUAUUGUGUUCACCUACCCUAUUAUUUUUCUUUCUUGUUACCAUUUAGAAUACAGACAGACAUAUUAAAUUGAUUCAAUAUUCAUAAUCCAUAGUCCGUAGUGAAGAAACAUUUAAUAUGUAUGAAAUAACUCUGUAUAAAAACCUCAGUUAUACCAAAUAACAUAAAAUAAUAGUUUUUUUGUAAUUCACUUAUCUAUUUGCAUAAAUUCAUAACCAUAUUAUGGCUUACCUUUGAUGGUUGUUUCGGAUGUUGGAACAGAGUUCAAGAAUCAAGUGGAAUCAAUAUUUGGAAUUCUCGAUGAAUUGUGACUAUGAUGUAUUGCAAAUUCAUAAUUAUUACACGUUACGAUGUAUAUAAGCUAAAUUCAUGCGUAAAAGCCCUAGACAAUGUCUUCGUUAAAGUUAAUGCAGGUCGGCCUAAGAAAUGUUCGUAAGUAAGCCCUAUACAAAAUAUAGAGUAAAAUCGCUUAGAAUAAUAUGUUUAUUACAAAGCUGUCAUAAUAUUAAUUAAGGGUUAUAAGACUUAUAGCCCGUGUUCUACCUCAUUGUAUAUAAAAUAUUUGGCUAAAAUAAGAAAACGUAAGCUUUUCAAGGUUUCAGUACCUAAUUUCGAGUCUGGACUUCGGAGCAAUAAUAAUUGAAAAAAAAAAGAAAAAACAGUGUGCAUAAUCACUGCCUGAAUAAAUCUAUUAGGUAAUGAUUUUUCUGUCUAUAUUCUAUUAUAUGUAGAAUUUUUACUAAUAUAUUUUGAGAAAAACUCGGUUGUAAAUCUUCGGCAUUAUGACAUUUAGCCUUAGUCUUACAUCACAAUUUAAAAUGUUUUAAGUAGGCCAAAAUGGAGUUUUAGCAUUUUCUAUUUUACUUUGAUGGUUUUAUCCAACUAAAUAUUAUAUAGUUUUUCAUAACCUUUGCCAGUAAGAGUGCAUUUUUUAUUUUUUUUGCGGUCACGCAACAUUUUUACGUACCUAAUACGUAACUUUCUCGUUGCAAAAAGCAACUUGUGAUUUUCUUAGCUGUUUUUAGAAGCCUUAAUUUUGACGUAAUGUGAUCAUGAUCAAUGUGAUCGUUAGAUGUUAUUGUAAAUUGUCCUAUUCAUAACCGAUUUAAUCGACUUAAUUUUUUAUUAGUUAAAUAAUGGUUAUGAAUAACGGGGCUACAUAAAUAUAGGUUGAGUCGCAAUCUGUGAAAUUUAUCGAAUUAAAUUUUCGAUUUUUUUAUUGUUCAAAUCUAAUAUGGUGGCUUUCGCGCCAUUCCGGUUUACCCGGUAAUGUCUCGGGCAUAGAUUAUAGAAAUGUGAAAUGAGAUUUCACUUUUUGGAAGUGACUGUUUUAUAUUUUGGCAAAGCUCAAACGUGUAUAGACAAUGUUUUUUUCUUGGAUAUAUAUAAUUCCUUUCAGAGUGCUGUUAAGUUGUAGAUCGUUAGUCGUUAUACGGUAUUUCAUUUCUAGAUAAGAUUGUAUCUCUAGUCAAGAGACUUUUCGAAAAAAAAAUUACCAUUUUACUUUUUAAUAAUACUUAUAUAUUAUUCACAUAGGUACCACAGACGAGUGUAAUAUGAGUAACUUAUUUUAAACAAUAGAAUUAGAUACAUACUGUAUGCCCGUAUGUGUAACAUAUAAGACAUAGUAUAUAUAAUAUAUAUGAUAAUAAUUAUUAUGAAACUUUUCUGUCAGUACCGUUACUGAAUCACGUAUUUUGGUGCUAUAAUAAUUUUUGGCUUGGCUAACCUAGUGGUUAAUUGUAAAUAUUAUAAUAUAAUUUGAUUAUUUAUUGGCAACUAUGUUGUUUAUGUAGCGGUUUUCAAAGGACAGUUGUUUUAAAUAUACUUAUUUUUUUUUAUUCUACUUUAUAUAUGUUUUAGUUUUCUGAAAUGGCUUAGCCAUUUUUUUAAGAAUUACGAAAUAAAUAAAUACAAGACUACAAGUGUAUGAAAUAUUCGAAUUUUGGCUUGUGUUACCAGCAACGUAUAUAUAUAUUAUGUCCAAACUAUUAUACAUAAAUCUAUAAAUAAACAUUUUAUGGAACUUUCUUAGCUGCUAAAUGAUAUUCCAAUGUAUAAAAGAUAAAAGUUGUCACGAAAUUUAGUUUUUAAUUUCAAUGGAAAUUUAGUUAAAUUAUAAACGUUGCCGAUAAUAAGUAAAAGCAAGUUUCCAGAAAAUAUGACUGUAGAUAUUAUACUCUUAAUUUCCAACUAAAAUAUAUUUAAUUUUGUGAAAUAAAAUAUGUUUCAUAUGCCGAACUUAAAGGUACACAGAGCAAUAAUGAGUAUACUUAGGUAAAAAUGACAGUAGACAUAUUCUUUUUUUGUUUUAUCAGCUAAGAAGUAUUUAUUUGCUAUCUUUUCACUAUUGAAAUUAAUGCUUAAUCCAUGUGUAGGUUGUAACUUGUAACAUAUUUUUUCGAUAGAAAAGUUUCAAUGUCCUCUCACACUCUCUUCAUAAAAUGGUGCUAAAUGCAAUGUUUGUUGGAAUAAUCGGAUUCGUCUUAUCAGUGGUAAAUUAUUCUGUUUACUUUUAUGGCUCCAAUUUGGAUAUAACUAACACUAUACUAUUUUUUAUUUUUUAUAAAAAUAGCGAGCAAACGAGCAGGCGAGUCACCUGAUGUUAAGUGAUUACCGCCGCCCAUGAACAUUUGCAGAACCUGAGGAACCGCCAAUGCGUUGCUGACCUUUCAGGAAUUUGUUUGUGCGCUUCUUGAAUAACACCAUCUUGUAAUCUAAUGGAAAUACCGCAGAGGGGAGUUGAUUCCACAGUUUGGAAAAAAGGACGCAAAACUAAUUUUAAUUUAGUGUAUCUUUUCUUUUCAUUUUAGUUUGUGUUUUAUUUCAAUCACAUUAGUUGAUUAUUGGCAAUAAAAAAUAAUAUUAAAAGUCGAUCGCAUAGUCGAUUAAUCGACAAUAACAAGUCGGGUGUUAACUAAUUUGUACUAAACCUUAGUUUAAUGUUGGUUUCUCAAAGUUUAGCUUGUCCGAAUCGAAGCCAGUUGUAAAUAUUUUAAGCUGAGAAAAUGUUAUUUGUUAUUUCUGCCAAGACUCUGUAGGUUGUAAAUCAAAAUAUUCUCUUUAUGAUUAUAAAGUAUUGGGAUUCGGGUAGCGAUGCAAAGUGAAUUUUUUUAUAUGGUAUACAAAAAUUUAGUUUCAAUUAACCCAGGCGUUUAUUUUGAAAUUUAAAAAAAUAAAUAAUGGAGAUAAUGGAUAACCAUCAGAUAAAGGAAUUCGUCGAUAUUCAAUUUAGAGAAAAGGUUUCUUUAGUACCUAUUUCCUAACCGACUCUAUCGAUAAUCACUUUUCCGGGAUUCUUCCAGAGUUCUAAAUGCGAUCUAUCAGAGUUCUAAUUUGUGAUUCUUUUAAACAGUUUUUUCUUUCAAAGCAACGCCAUAUUUCCUUUUACUUUUUACCUACUUACCUUUAAUAUUGUGGCUAAUUCCGUUGUAGACAAAUCUCUAAACUAAACUAAAAUGACACGUCUAAAAUUGUUAUCCCUUUCAUACUGUUGCCUGUGGAAAAGGAUAGCAUUUAUCUCUAAACUAAAAUGACACGUUUACAUUUAUUCCUAUCCCUUUCAUAUUGUUGCCGGCGGAAAAGGAUAGCACUAGAUUUAGACGUGUCAUUUUAGUUUAGAAAUUAGAAAUAUUGUGAUAAGAAAAUCGGUCACAAUGUCAGAUUUAUUUUAGCUUGGGUCCCAUUAGAAUAAAAAAAAAAUGUAGAGACAGUGAGAGUUCCAUGUAAAUGCUUACUUUAUAUAAUAUGGUACGACAACGUGAGCGAAUGUAAGGCUGUAAUAACCCUAAAAAUAGAUUAGGCGCCUAAAAACCCUAACUAGAACCUUUUAUCUACGUUUAUAGACAAUACACAUUUUUUUACGAAAAUGGUAGUAAUCUCGUCACAAUAUCUACAGUUGUUUUGAUUUUUUUAUCAUGAAAGUCGAAACUCAUUAAGAACAUCCUCUUGAACCUCUUUUUGGAUGUGGACAUUUUCAAAAUAAGUAUAGAAUACCUAAAGAAAAAAAUCAUGAAAGGUAAAAUUUAUUUUGGAUACUUAUUCCUAAUAUUUGUAAGAAUAAAAGUGAAGUAUUUUAUUAAAUUAUACUUACUGUUUAUUUAUUAAAAUGUUUUUAUCCUACCAUUGUAAAUUAAAUUUUAUUUAAAUAUUUUACAUAUUUUAGUACCACUAUUUAAUUUUUAGUCACUAAAAUAUUUUUUUUGUUAAUAAAGGACUAAAAUAAUAAUAAUUCUUUAAAUAUUUCAGCUCUAUUGUUAGGUAUUAAAUUAAAAUUUAAAGUAUGAACCAUCCUUAAAUUUACUUAAGUUUGGAUAAGACAUAUUAAGCAACUCUUUUACUUAUUUUCUGUGAAUUUUCGGUUGAAAUCAAUAGAACGCACUUUGACUUUGCUUAGACUUAAGUUUCAGUUAAAACGAGACAGAUUUAUGCCAGCGGUAUAACGCUGUCUCGUUUUAACAGUGUCUUAAGUCUGAGCAAAGUCAAAGUGUGCUCUUUAAAGCUCAACCUAACUCUUUUUAAAGAUUCUUUGGAGGUAUAGAGAAACCUACCUGUAAAAUCUCAAGUUUAAUACUAAAUAAAGACCUUUAAUUUAAAAAAAUAUACAUGAUAUCGGAUUUUAAAUCAAAUUUUAAUUUUAGUGUCGUAAACAUAUGAUAAAGGGUGUAGUGCUUCGGGGUUUUAGCGCAUUCGGUGAUUUGCCAGGGUAUGACAUACUCCUGUGAUCUCAAUGUGUGAAUGAUUAACCUUUGUAAGUUUUUGCUAAAGAAAACUGACAGUCGCAAAAUAUAACCCUCUUUUUAUUUUACGGUGCCGAUUUAGAUGGCAUUUCUCUAAACUGAAUUUAGUGGUUUUGCGUGUUUUAAUUAUUAUUUUUAACAAUAUGUUACAUUAAAAACUUACUGGUUUAAGCCUAUACAGACGCGAGCUUCUUUUUCACACAUUCGUUUCCUGUUUUGUCUCGCAAGCGUGUAGUAGCGAAUUAUGUCAAACUUGUCGAUGUCAUUAAUGUCCAGCCACAUCGCGAUGUUCAACGGCGUUUCCCGUUAAACGCAGAUGUACCUAACUACGAUCAACGUACAUCGGCAUUCACAUAAUGCUGUUUGUCGUUAGACGAUUUUAACCCCAAUUCAACUGACAUUAGACGUUAACCAUUCAAGUGUGGCCACUCAGUUUAACACGUUGAUUAUCGCGAUAAUUAUGGCGUUGUUGGGCAUUGAUGUUAACCUUAAUGUAGCCGCCACAUAACAACAGGCGUAAAAAAUGUCUGCGACGGCCAUUUUUAUGUAAAUGCACCGUUAGAAAAAGAUGCAGCUUAAUGUUUGAGAUCCAAAGGUCGUGGGUAUUUACUUUGAUUUUGCUGAGACUGAGGACAGAGUUAUUAAGACAGAUUUAUGUUGAGAUAUAAAUCUGUCUCGUUUUAACUCCGUAAGGCAAAGUCUGAGCAAACUCUUAAGUUUAGAGAAAAACAUCAAAAUCGGCAUCGAAGUCAACCUUCAAGGUAUUAUUUUAAUGGAAACAAGAAAUUUUACACUGUUGUU